AUGAUCACGGAAUCUGGACAGACAAAGGACUGUUCGUCUGAGCUGAACAUGGUGCUACUCGGAAUUUUGACACUGACAGCUCGGUUCCAUCCGGACUUGGUGCGCUACGUGACGCAUUUGCAGAGUUCGCAGCAUGGACAAACCCGACCACGUACAUCACAGCCCAAAAAGAACCCAUUAGCUGCCUCUGACUUUUUUGCCACUGUUCUCACUACAGCCCUGGGUCCUCUACGGACAGCCAUGGACACCAUAACUGUAGAGAGAAUCCAGGCAUUCUUAAUGCUUGGACUGUUUGAGUGGAGCCAAGGGCAUGAGUCUGCAUGGAUGUAUAUUGGGGUUGCGGUUCGUAUGGCCAAGGCGAUGAAGCUCGAACUUGACGACCAACGAAUGGGGUUGUUGGAGAAACAGACAUCAACACCACAACAAUCUCGAACGGGGUCAGCCGAGAUCGCCAUCGUCAGAGAAACCCGACGGCGAACAAUGUACAGUUGCUUCAUUCUUGAUCGCUUAAUGGGAUGUACAAGUGGUCGAACUCUAAGCACUCCGACUGAGACUUUGCGGAUACAGUUGCCGUGCUCUGAGAUGGCCUUCGAUUUGUCUCUUCAUGUCUACACGGGAUUCCUAAGGCAGCCCGAAGGAUUUGUUCAGCCCCAGAUGAACGACGACAGUACGUUGAGUCAGUUUAUCAGACUGGUCGAUAUAUGGAGCGAUAUAUCGAUGUAUAUCUCAAAGGGUGGUCGCGAGAAAGAGGAUCUUCCUCCUUGGGAUAAUAGGUCGAGGUUCUAUGCGUUAAGAACAAAACUGGACGCAUUCUACAACGGACUGCCUGAUACUUUUACCUUGUCUCGACAAAAUUACUACCGCCACGACAACCACCAAGCUACCAACACCUAUGUCUCGCUACAUAUGUUGACUUCGGCCUGUCAGAUCGUUCUUAACCGGGAAUACUUGCCAUUCAUGCCCCUCCGCUGUCGUGGCCCACAGGGUCCCCUUGACCGCACCCAACCUAUCCUCAAUCAUGCCCCAGAUGGGUUUUGGAAAGAGAGUGCAGAAGAAGUGUUCCGAGCGUCUCGCAAUGUAAUAGACUUGAUUGAGCUGUGCAAAGACAAAUUGCCCCUAUCAUCACUCACUGCAUUUUCUACCUGGCUUGCAGGAUAUAUGGCGGUAUAUGCUCGGCAUUUCCCCUACAUGGAUCUGAAGCAGAAAGUGACGAGUCAGCAAAUCGUUGAUCUCGCAGACACAUCAAACGUUCUCGAAGAAGAAAUGGUGGGAACAGCUUGUCAGGCGUUGCGAAGAGCCACAGCUUACUUGCCCGCUGCGCAAAGCUAUUUGGACAGCCUCGAGAGCACAAACCGAUAUUUCUCGCAGAUGAGAAACCCUGUUGCCCAUAAUCGAGAAGCUGCUCGUUCAACGGGAUCGUUAGACGAUCACAUGCAAAGAAUGGACUCUGCGUAUCGUCACAGUACGAGCCCAACAUUACAGAGCAUGCAGCCAACCCUAGAAGAGCCCUUCGAACCUACUGCUUCGAUAUCGAAAAGCCAGUUCUAUUUACCUGGAAUCGACGACGAACCUCUCGAAAUGGAAACACUAGAGCUCUUGAGGACGGAUAUUGAAAUGAUAGAGUCACAGCGGAUAAGCAAAGUCUUGAAUGAUUUGGAAGGGUUUUCUGGCGCAGGAAAGUUGAGAGUUACUUUUAAAUGA